GGAAGAAGUAAUCACAUUGUCACAGAUGCAACUGAUGAGCAUGGAGUUGGAGCUGCAGCGCCACUGACAACUGCUUCCUCUGAGCAGUGAUGGGGGAGUCUCGUAUCAUCGUGGAGGAGCUUCUGGCUCUUUGUCUCCAGAGGAUCAACAUGGAAGAAAACACACUGGACUCUGAACUCGAAUUCGUUGAAGUGGUCAGAAGCUUUGAGUCGGUCAGGAAGCGAUGGAUGCACGCGGAGCUGGAGCUGAAGAAUUACAAAGAGCUGCUUGUGAAGUCUGAUGUGGCAAAAGCUGCUCUGGAGGUCAAAUUGAAACAUGCUCGAAACCAGCUGGACGUGGAGAUGAAGAAACGUUACAAGAUUGAAGCAGACUACCAGUACCUGCAGAGGCAGAUGCAGCUGAUGUGUGACAUCCUGGUCCACGACAGUAAAUCUAGCGCCUGUCUGAAUGACGAGCAGAAAUCUCUUUUAGCCACGUUUGAACACAAAGGAGGAAACAUGACUCUGCACCGAAGCAACAAACGGAAAGUUCACUAAAGGGUUAAAACAAAGUUGUCUGUGAUUGACGAGUCGUCUUUCCUGUCUCACUCUGAUAUCAGCUACGAUCGGACUGAUGAUGAUGUGGAUUUGGACACGACUGUGAUUAAACCUCUGAGAUCUCGAGCCAGAGAAAAGAGGCGCUCGUCGAUGGGACCGGCGGUCGGGGUUCCUGUUGUGAAGCGAGGGAGAACCAGUAAUGUGUCUUCAGAGCUGCAGGAGAGAAAAACUGUGGAGAAGGAGGUUGAGACCAUAGUGAAGGCGUCAGUGAUGACUCCGGACAUUGGAGGUCACAUCCACAUGGUUGUGGGAAUCACACAGGAGGGUCCUGAAAAUCCAGUGCGGACCCUGACCCAGGAAUGUGCUGUGUCAGUGGGAGGAGGAGACCAAACCUCAGUGUGGUUUCCCUGUGAAGAGACGGUGGUGGAGCCUGAAGCCGUCAGAGCAGUUCAGCUCUGCAGAGCCGAGAAAACCCUGAAACAUGUUUUUCUUUCUAAAACGGUGAUCCGGCCGGAGACGUGCUCGCCGUGCGGCAAGAGGAUCCGCUUUGGGAAGAUGGCAGUGAAGUGCAGACACUGUCGUGUGGUCGCUCAUCCAGAGUGCAAACUGAAAUUCAUGAAUGGCUGCUCGGCUACCACAGCAGGAAGUUCAGCUCAGAUGGACGCGUUGGAGGGUUUUGCUCCAGUGACUCAUCCCAGAAUUCCUCAGCUGAUCAUAGACUGUGUGGCUGAGAUUGAGAGGAGGGGGCUGGAGGAGAGGGGGCUGUACAGGGUUCCUGGUGGAGAGCGCCUGGUGAAGGAUCUCAGAGAUCGGUUCCUUCAAGGAAAGUUUCCACUGAUGCUCAGUAAAGUUAAUGACGUCCACGUCCUCUGUGGUUUUCUGAAAGAUUUUCUGAGGAAGCUGAAGGAGCCGCUGAUCACAUUCAGACUCCACAGGACGUUCAUGGAGGUGUCAGAGCUGCCUGAUGAAGGCGAAAGCGUAUCCAUCAUGUGUCAGGCUGUAGCAAAACUUCCGAAGCCAAACAGAGACACACUGGCUUUCCUCAUGCUUCACUUACACAAGGUGAUGAAGAGUCCUCAGUGUCAGAUGGAUCGGAAUAAUCUGGCAAGGGUGUUUGGACCAACAGUCGUAGGUCAUGGGAUGUCGGAACCGUCUCCAACCACCAUCAUGAGAGACACAAACACUCAGCCAAAGGUCAUUGGCCGGUUGUUGUCCCUCUCUGAAGACUAUUGGAGACGUGUCCUAGCUGUGCAGACGGAUCACAUGUCGUCGUUGUCUUCCACCAAUAACACGUGUAGGCAGCAAGAGGGAAAUGGUCGGUUGUUUCAGCCAUUGACUUCUCCAGAGUUGAACAGUUACUAUAAAACCACCAGCAGAGUAUCUGUGAGAGGCAGGAUCCGUAACCUGGGCAACGCUCUAACCAACACUGGUCGCGUUGAACCAGGAAGGAAAUUCUUCACAUCACCCAGCUGAUCCAAUCACCUUCUGUUAAACCAGUCAACUGCCACGAGGUCACUCAGACUCUAAAUACUACAGUAUGUACUGCACUCUGAUCCCACUAACAGGCUUAAGAUAGUAUAUAUUCUAUUACUGUGAAUUUAAAGUAAAUGUACAUAAUUGAGAACUAUUGCACAUGUUACCGAAAUGCCUGUAGUGUACUGUUGUAGUUGUGAGUACACAAAAACAAACAUUUGUCUUUACUUAAUCAGGAAACAUGACAUCAGAAUUAAAACUGUGACCGCGGAAAAAACAUUUUGAUUAUUCGCACUCAAUGUGCGACAUGUUGCAUCAUUGUGUUUACUGAAUACUAUGAAGAAGUGUCGUCUGUUAAGUUAUUCACACACUUUGUUGUAAAAGAUGUUGUGUAACUGGGAUCACUAGUUGUGAAUUUAGGAUUUCUGUCAGUAUAUUACAAAUAAUCACCCUAACCCUGAAUCAACAACAAUGUGCAUGUCUCUGCUGCCAUUAUAAAUGUGAUCCACGAAAACAAUUAUGAAAAAAGAAAUAAAUAAUAUAGGUAAAUAAUGAAUAUAUAUAUAUGAUGUAAUAAAAAGAUCACCUUAAUAACCCACGAACAUGAAAUAAAAUGUGUGAAUCAUUGUAAGUUGAAAAGUUGUUGUUUCAGGCUGUACACAGGGCUCACUCAGGUGUCUGGGUUAAGGUUAUAAGAAAAAUUUUAAUUGUGAAAGAUAAAAUCAUCUGCUUGUUCUACAUGUAAGAAACUUUAAAUAAAAUAUAAGAUGCACCUUUCUCAAGAUUUUUAUUGU